AUGACCAUGCAACAAAGAUUGUCAUGGUCGAAUUCCGCGUCCAAGUUCCAAGAAAGCAUACUUACUCCCAGGCCAGCCGAGCAGGCCGCAGCAACCUCCUCACAAAAAAUUGGCCCUCAGCAACUGUUGACGGGGGGCGUUCUGCAUGACAUCAAGCGUCGGAGUACAUCUCGGCGAGCCGUGAGAGUGCCAUGGGCAGACAGGGGAGAUGAGUGUCUUUGCCUGCCUCAUGCAUCCGGGCUUGCCAGCUUGGCGAUUCCACGCUGGAUGAUCUUGCUGGUGAGUAACGAGAGUCUGGACACACCCGGCCUGAGCAGUAUUCUGCCAUUGUCGUUGUGCUGA